CUGUGGUCUGGUAAAGCUUUUUGUUUCGUGAUCGUGAAAUUGUUUUCAGCGUUGUGCGUUUACAUUAUUUCACCCAUAAAAUAAAGUUGGAAGUACAUAUAAAAUGGCUCUUUAUUGUGCAAUAUCAAAUGAAGUGCCAGAAGUUCCGGUGGUAUCUCCAACAUCGGGAGCAGUCUUUGAAAAGCGCAUAAUUGAAAAAUAUAUUAUAGAAAAUGGUGUGGAUCCCAUCAAUGGCAAAGAUCUGCGAGUAGAAGAUCUUAUUGAGAUCAAAACCCCAGCAAUAGUAAAGCCAAAGCCGCCUAGUGCUACAUCCAUCCCGGCGACACUCAAGAGCAUGCAAGAUGAGUGGGAUGCCCUGAUGCUGCAUGCCUUCACACAGCGACAGCAGCUGCAGACAGCUAGACAGGAGCUGAGCCACGCUCUGUACCAGCACGAUGCGGCGUGCCGCGUGAUCGCGCGCCUCACGAAGGAAGUGACGGCAGCGCGCGAGGCGCUGGCCACGCUCAAGCCGCAAGUGGGCAUCGUGGCGCCGCAGACACAUGCAACGGAGACGGCGGCGGGCGACGGCGCGACGCCGGUGGGCAUGUCGGCGGAGGUGGUGGGGCGGCUGCAGGAGCGCGCGACGGCGCUGACGCAGGAACGCAAGCGCCGCGGCCGCACGGUGCCCGACGGGCUGCUGCCGCCCGACCAGAUACGCGCCUUCCUCACGCUCGCAUCGCAUCCCGGUCUCCACUCGGCCAGCGUGCCAGGCAUCCUGUCCCUGGACAUCAACCCGUCGGACCACAGCAAGCUGCUGACGGGGGGCAACGACCGCAACGCCACAGUGUUCAACAAGGACACGGAGCAGGUGGUGGCCAUACUCAAGGGCCACACCAAGAAGGUCACCCGGGUCAUCUACCAUCCCGACGAGGAUACCGUCAUCACAGCUUCGCCCGAUCAUACUAUUCGUGUUUGGAAUGUGCCUACUUCCCAGACGACGGUGAUGCUACGUUCGCACGAGGGCCCCGUGACGGGGCUAUCGCUGCACCCCACCGGCGACUACGUGCUGUCCACGUCCACUGACCAGCACUGGGCCUUCUCCGACAUCCGCACUGGUUCUCUCCUGACCAAAGUGAGCGACGCCUCCGGAGUCAGCCUCACCACGGCCCAGUUCCAUCCGGACGGCCUCAUCUUCGGCACCGGAACCGAAAACUCACAAGUCAAGAUUUGGGACUUGAAAGAACAUAGCAACGUUGCUAACUUCCCCGGACAUGUUGGACCGGUCACUUCUAUAUCCUUUUCUGAAAACGGUUACUACCUGGCAACAGCUGCUGAAGAUGCCUGUGUCAAAUUAUGGGAUUUGAGGAAACUGAAGAACUUCAAGACGAUCCAACUCGAGGAAGGUUAUGUGAUCAAGGAACUUUGCUUCGACCAGAGUGGAACAUACCUGGCUAUAGCCGGAACGGACGUUAGAGUGUACUUGUGUAGACAAUGGCAAGAAUUAAAGUUGUUCAAUGACCACACCGCUGCGGCUACAGGAGUUCGUUUCGGAAAGAAUGCGCAGUACAUAGCGUCCACGAGCAUGGAUCGGACGCUCAAGCUCUAUGGUAUAGAGUAGUUAUUCUAAGUUAAUGUAAGUAUUUGACUUGUUUCAUUAUAUUUGUUAAUAUUAGGUUAGGAAAUCUGACAAAUGCCAAUUGUAUUUAGCGUGGAAGUAAUAUGUACUUUUAGUAGUACAGUCAACAGCACAUCAACCUACCCAAAUUCAUUGCAAUCUCGCCACUCUUCAUGCAGGGUAACUUGACAUGAUGUUGACUGUACUUAGAAAUUACGGGAGGCUCUUGCCUAGCAGUGGAUUACAAAUAGCUGGGAAGUAAGUAGUAGUUAUUACUUCCAUGUACAAUCCUCGGCACUUAAGUUGAAGCAAAAUGGCGACCGUCAGCGCAGGUUUAAUUAAAGAUAUAAAUGUUAUUUGGUAUUUUUCUUGGUUACCCGCGAAAUUCAAAAUACUUGUUUAUUUUUUCGUAAAUAUUAACUACUAAAAUCCUUUCUAAUACUUGUGGGAGCGAGAAAUAAAAUUAGCGAGAUAUAGUAAUCAUCAAUGUUUAUUUCAUUAAAUAUAACAAAAACACUUUUAUUGUUAGGGUUUUUAUAGUGACGCACGUCAAACGACCGUAGUGGGGGGUGGAGGGGGGGGAGACUGAGGCGUCAUAACAAUAAACAUAAAGAAACCGUUUCAAUUAAAAAAAAAAACAAUAUUAACGAUUAAAAAUAUUUUUCUCCCACAUACUUUCAUCUCUAAUUAAACCUGCGCUGACGGCCGCCAUUUUGGUUCAACUUAUGUGCCGAGGAUUGCAUUUUAAUUAUUCAGAAUUUACUUGUACUGAUUUAAAUCGACUAAUGGCAGUAUGAGACUUAUCUUGCGAUUACUUGUGUGUCUAGUUGAGUUAGCCGACAAUAGUCUAAAAAGAAAAAUGACUAAGUAUAAUAAUGUUUACAAUCAUAGUAUAUCUAUAUGGCCUGUUUCAGAUUGUGUAAUGAAAUUAAAUAAAAAUACUUCAUUGUUUAAAGCAGUUUGUAAAUUCACAUUGGGAUAGUUUGGAGGAUCAAAGACCUGACUGGCAGACUAUUAAGGUUUUAAGAACUAAGUCAGUCAAAGAUUUCAUAACAUGCACCUAAAAUCCUUUAACUCGAGACCCUCAAUAUGGUUUUAAAUUUUGACACAAGAUUAAAGAUAAAUUACCGCUCGAUUCCAGAUCUUUUUUCAUCUCAUUAUGAUUUCCAAGAUGUGCCGCUUAGGCAUCCUCUAUAUUACUGUUUUCUAAUAGUCAAAGGCCUCCAGCUGUCUCCACUCUGUUCCAUCUCUGGCCAUUUCCUCCCAGCAAUGGUGCUGG